GUCAGGGGUAGCUGUAAUUGUAAAUAUCCUCCGUCGCCUUAUCUUAUAGUCCGUCUCGGUCUCUUUAGAGGAAGGCCGAGUGGAAGAACGACGACGUGUCUGGUUAGGGUUUCAUUUUGUUAUCAAUCCAAGCACGGCGAAUAUGGCUGCAACCACUGGUUGUACUGUUUAUGUCGGAAGUUUGGAUGAGAGAGUGACUGACAGGGUUUUGUACGAUAUUUUGAUUCAAGCUGGGAGGGUUGUAGAUUUGCAUAUUCCUCGUGACAAGGAAACCGAUAAGCCUAAAGGUUAUGCCUUUGCAGAGUAUGAAACUGAAGAGAUUGCAGAUUAUGCUGUCAGGCUUUUCUCUGGCCUUGUGAUUCUCUACAAUCGAACACUGAAAUUUGCAAUUUCUAGUCGAGACAAGCCCUCACAAAAUUUACCCACAACAUCAACUCCUGCUUCAAAUUCUUCACACAAACCAAGGCCUCAUCCUGUGACAGUUGAGAAUAUGGAAAAUUCUCAUGGCUCGAGGUUGUCACGACCAUAUAGGGUUUCAGCUUACCCUGUAAAUUACUCCCAAGUGCCAGUUCCUGCUGGUGUCACACGUCAAUCUAAUGGUUAUGGAUCAACUUUCAGUGAUACCAAUAAUAAUAAUUACAGUCGAAGAGUUUUUGGGGCAACAUUGGAUAGCAUUACCCAUGCUAGUUCAGACCGUUAUGAUAUAAAUAGGUCAAUUGCAGACCCCUCUUACUGAAACGUCUUAUAUAAAUUCGGGAGAUAGAACUUUCAAGGCAGACUAAUUGUAUGGUGGUUGUUGUAUUGUUUUAUUAUAUUAUUUUGAUAGCUGUAUCUUGCUCCCUCUGUGUUGUUUAUCAUGUAGCUAGAUUGGACUAGUAGUGGUACUUUGCUUAUUUAAUUUUGUGUUUCUCUUCAUUUAUGGUGAAGGCUACUUAUGUUUAUGAUGUUGAAAAGAGAUCCUAAUAGCUGAUUUGUUUUUGCUCA